CCGAUACUUUAGAUAUAAAAGUUUUGUCAUUACAGGUACGGUUCAAAGUAACAGUUGCUGUUACACCAACCUUACUGGCGGGCGGACUUUCCAACGCGUCCGCUCUCUGGUAUCACGCACACAAUCUCUUCCCCAUUUCUCUUUUCUCUUAUUUGGCCGGUUCGUUCGCGCUUUGAAUUUUCAGAUCUCGAAAAUGCAAAGCGCUGCCGCCUUUACAGCGCUUUCGCCCGCGGUCCCGCUCCUCAGGCCGCGGAAGAGCGUUUUGCGGAGUCCUAGAUUUGAGCCAGUCCUCUGCUCUUCCAAACGACAAGAGCUCUCCUGUUCUAUCAAUGUCGUUUCGUCGUCGCCCUCGCUUCCUCUGCGUCGAUCGUGGUCCUUGUCUUCCUCCAAUACUUCUAUGUUCAGGCCAUGGACAUCCGUUGCCGCUCGCGAUCUGGAAACUACUAGUCGUUUUGAAGUCAAUGCUACGGCUGUCCCUGAGAGUGCUGGUGGUGAGGAAGAGAAGUCGAAUAGCUUGUUGAAGAUCUUGGAGCUUGGACUGUUGUUUGGUUUGUGGUACCUGUUUAAUAUCUACUUCAAUAUCUACAACAAGCAGGUUUUGAAGGUCUACCACUUCCCAGUAACCGUAACAGUGAUUCAAUUUGCUGUUGGGACUGUUUUGGUAUUGCUUAUGUGGACUUUGAACCUCUAUAAAAGGCCGAAAGUUAGCGGCGCCCAGCUUGCUGCAAUUUUGCCGCUUGCAGUGGUGCACACAUUGGGCAACGUUUUUACCAACAUGAGUCUUGGGAAAGUGGCUGUUUCGUUCACUCACACAAUUAAAGCUAUGGAGCCAUUUUUCUCUGUUGUCCUUUCUGCUAUGUUUCUAGGGGAGUUGCCUACUCUCUGGGUGGUUUCUUCUCUUGUGCCGAUUGUUGGUGGAGUGGCCCUUGCAUCAGUCACAGAGAUCUCUUUUAAUUGGGCUGGUUUUUGGAGUGCAAUGGCUUCCAAUUUGGCAAACCAAUCUCGUAAUGUUCUUAGCAAAAAGGUCAUGGUUAAGAAAGAGGAUUCUUUGGACAACAUCACUCUUUUCUCAGUAAUAACAAUCAUGUCUUUCCUCCUGUUAGCUCCUGUGGCUCUGUUCAUGGAAGGUGUCAAGUUUACCCCUACAUACCUACAAUCAGCUGGAUUGGAUGUUAAACUUAUAGCCACAAAGUCUCUUCUUGCUGCACUCUGUUUCCAUGCUUAUCAGCAGGUUUCAUAUAUGAUAUUACAGAGGGUAUCCCCUGUUACCCAUUCUGUUGGCAAUUGUGUGAAACGGGUGGUGGUCAUUGUCAGCUCUGUUAUUGUCUUCAAAACUCCUGUUUUACCAAUCAAUGCUCUUGGCACUGGAGUAGCUCUUGCUGGAGUUUUCUUGUAUUCAAGGGUGAAGCGUAUUAAAGAAAAGCCAAAGACUGCUUGAAAUUUUGCGAGGGGAAAAUUUGAUAGUGAAAUUGGUUGGUUAGCUGAUGAAAUUUACCUACCAUUCAUUUAAAAAUAUGUUUGUAGUUGGGGGCAGGAACUUAAUUAACCAUUUUGGUUUGCAAUCUUCCUUUUUUCCCCCUUUCUUCAUUUGGUUGAUAUAUGUUUGUAGUUACAUGGGGAAAAAAUGAAGACUGCUCUGAAAACUUUUGUAUGUUAAUCUUUCCAGUUUUAGCUUCAUCGGGAUUCCAUUGGUUAAUGCUGUGGAUGUAAAAAAUGCAAAUUGGUUCGUCUUUAUAUAUUACAUUAUUUCCGCA